AUGCAACGUUCAAAUUCACUGACAAGUCGUUCUGGUUCAACACGUCGAUCCAAUGUAUGCUUGAAGCGUAUGAAUUCAUUGUCUACGCUUAGUAAUACAUCCACAAAGCAAAUUUGGCGAUCACCGGGUUAUUGUGAGAUUCCAAAUGUUCUUGGUAAAGCCUAUCUCAAGCCUGAGCUACCUUCUUCUCUUGACUUAAGACCUUACGAUCCUUCCAAACGAGUAUCCAAGCAACCUUGGUAUCCCCCCAACCCCUAUUAUGAAAUUCCACAAUUGCCACCUACAGCAGGCCACCAUCACCAUCAUCACGCACAUCGCAAUCGAAAACGUCACAAUGAUCUCGAGCGAAUACUGCGCAAGCUUAAAGUGCGUGUGAGAACAUCUGAUCCUCGUUUACACUAUGGUCAAUUCCAAGAAAUAGGCACAGGCGUCAAUGGUGCCGUUGUACGAGCUCGUAUGCACAAAAAGCCUCACAUACAAGUCGCCAUCAAACGAUGCAUCCUUUAUCCUGAUAGGGCCUAUCGUGCAGCUGUAGCACGAGAAUUGUGCAUCAUGGCAACAAGGCAUCCCCACCUUAUUCGACUUCGUGAAGCUGUUAUUUGGCAUGACGAUGUUUGGAUCACCAUGGACCUGAUGCGGUGUUCGGUCUUUUCGGUAUUAUGCCGUCGUGGCCUACCUGAAAAUCACACUGUCCACAUUAUUUGUCAAACCCUCAAAGCACUUGAUUAUUUACAUGCCUCGGGAUACAUGCAUCGCGAUGUCAAAUGUGAAAACAUCCUUUUAGGUCGGGAUGGCCAAGUCAAAUUAGCUGAUUUUGGCUUAUCAGCAUGCAUUGAUCGUCGCAAUUGCGAACGUUUGGGAACCAACAAGUGGAUGGCACCUGAAUUGAUAUUGCAACAAGUCUAUGAUGAAAAGAUCGAUAUGUGGUCGUUGGGUAUAACCAUUAUUGAAAUGAUGGAUCGUGUCCCACCCCAUUACUUGAUCAAAGAUGAGCGAGAACUCUUUGAGAUCAUCACAUGUGAACCUGGCCCUACAUUUACAUACAGCUAUCCAUCCAUUUACACGCGUGGCUUGGUGGCAUGGCUGUUGGACCAUAAUCCUCAAUCUCGACCGAGUGCCAAUGAUGUCCUACUGGAAUUGGAUGUGCACGUCAAAAGCAAUCUUUUGCCAUGUUCAUCUUCAGAAGAGUUAUCUCAAUUCUUGUACAAGGUGCUUCCAUGA